UACUAUAAAUCCAUGGUGUGUCCAACACAAACCUCUUCAUCUCAUCUGCAAGCAACAUCACAGUCUACAACACAGCUUCAGGCUUUCAGAGCCAAAGUGAAAUUUAGCCAGCCAGGAACACAUCAGACUCAACCAUGAUCCAUGCAAAGAAGCUUGCCCAGCUGGCCAAGAAGUGCCAGCGGAUGUUGGUGCCUGGAGCCGGUGUCCGCCGCCAGCAGGCCCUGGAUCCCGAGGACGAAUGCUGCAGCACAACAUCAUCUGUUGUUGCCGACGAGGGCCACUGUGUGGUGUACAGCGCUGAUGGAGCACGGUUCAAGCUCCCUCUGGCUUACCUUGGAACAACAGUCUUUGCUGAGCUUCUGAGGAUGUCUGAGGAGGAGUUUGGCUUCAUGAGUGGCGGCAAUGGAGGCAGGAUCACACUGCCCUUUGAUGCCACAAUGAUGGAUUACGUCUUGUGCCUUGUUAGGAGAGACGCCUCUGAGGAGGUCGAGAAGGCAUUCUUGAGCUCCAUUGCUGGGCACUGCUGCAGCUACAACUCUAGCUGCAUGGUGCCAUCAAUGGAAAUCAGCCAUGAAUUAGCCCUUUGUACUUAGCUUUAGCUUCUCUUUUUUUUUUUUUGGUUAGGACAAGAGGAGCUCUGUAUAGUUUCAUGUAAGAUCCGAUUAUCACAGGAAGUGAUAUAAAAGAGACACUUUUUCGGGGAAAAAUGGAUUGUUUUGACGCAUCCUUUAA